AUGCUUCACUCCUUUAUCUUUAUCCCACCAGACGUCUAUACGACAGAUUUAGUCGAUCUUACCACCGAAGCUCUGAAGCGGGCGGAGGUUCAGGUUGAUCAAGUCCUCGCCUUCACAGGGGAGGAAGCACAACGGUAUGGAAACCAUGUCCAGCGCCACCAUACGAUUGUAGAGCAUUAUGCCAUGUCCUCCACCAGUGACAUCUUAAAAGAGGCUAUCUGCAAUACUGCGGAGGUGCACUCCAUGUUCUUUUACCAUUUCCGUGAACUGUGGGAUCAAGUCGUGGAUGAGGGUCGUCUGCUAACCGCACAGGAUGCGCUGACUAGCAUUGGUUGUUCCACAGAUGACCUUCACAGCUAUCUUCCACGUAAAAGUGACCCAGCUACGAAGAAGCUUUUUCGUGGAUUCUAUGUUGGAAUAUUAAGAGAGGAUCUACCGCAAGCAACACUAUCGAAACCGCUGUAUGUAAUCAAUGGAUUCUUCCCUGCUUUUUUGGAAUCCUUCAAUAACCCUGGCUGCAGAUGCGGCAUUCUUGCGGUCUCAUGGCCACAAGCUCUAUACAACUAUACCGAAUAUCGAACAAAAGUUCUUGGUAGCAAUGAGUUACCAGCACCAGUGCUGGAGUGCCUAGAAGGGUGCACUCUACUGGAUGAAGGCAACCCGAGGUCGAGGGAUCCCUGCUGGGAUGAUGUUCUUGAGGUGGCUAGUGGCCCGCUCGAAGUGCUAGCGUGGCGUCGCGCAUGGCUUGACGAAGACCUCGUGGAAAGUGAGCUAGGCUGUGAGUUACUGCAGCGUGGCCUCUCCAGAACAUUUCUGGAGAAGUUACUAGAGGACCCUAUUCUUCUUCUGCCCACUGGACAUCUGACCUCCAUCUUUGAGGUGUUUGCAAGUCUUGAGAACCUCGAAACACUUGUGGAGCGCGUUCAGAAACUCUACACAAGACUUCACGCGGAGGAGGAGGAGAGGGGCAGGGAUAAUCUAGCCGACCGCACAAUCUCACAUAAUGCAACUUCGAUAAAAGAGGCGGCCCCGACACGUACCUCACCUGAUGAGGUUUGUGAUGGUUUAAAGCUCUUCGAUCAGAAUGGUAAUGGCCCCAUUUUCGUCACCCGAGGGUCUGACCAGGAGGCCGAUGAGGUUGCUCGUAACACAGCUUUGCUGUUAGUAAAGCCCUCGGCCUUCACGCCACGUGCGCUGUUAGCUAUUUGGCAGUGUAUUCUAGCACACAACAUUGCAGGGCUUCGAAUGGAGGACGAGGAUGACAUCGACGCCAUACAGAUACAGGCAAGCAACCUGGUGGAUAGACACUACCGCACAAUAGCUUAUUAUGCUGGCGAUUGUCCUCUAUACGAUAUUCCUCUAGACACUGAGACCCUGGAGAGGUUCCAGCAAGGCUACGGUAUCUCCUGGGCGGACGCGGUGGCGGGUGGGUUGGUGUGGUCCGCCACUAAUUUGCUUCAGUUUCUUACUUGGGUUACGCCUAGCGACCUUUAUGAGUUAUGGAGCGCACAACCCUGCAAGAUUAAGCUGACCAGCGGUGCCUAUGUUGCUAAACUCUCCAUUGGACCCAAAGACGACGCGACCUGCUACUACGUUGUGAACGGCUUUUAUCCCUACCUCCGCAAUCUCUUUCUUUCCCCUGGAUCCAAGACUAAGUGCUAUAUUAUCUCUUGGCCAGAGACCGCACUGAGCUGGAGUAGCUUCCGCAAGGAUGUGAUUGGCUGCACGGACCCUUCCAAGGCACCGUCCAAUAGCCUUCGUGGCAUGUUGUAUCGAGACUGGAAGGAUCUUGAUCUUGCGCAGCAGCCCAGUUCGACGGAGAAUGGCGUGCAUGCCUCAGCCAGCCCACUGGAGGCCAUGAUAGAGGAGCAUCUUUGGCUUGGGACGCCCUUGGGGCGAUGCUGCUGCUCUGCGCUCAUGCGCAAGAGAUUUGGGUUGUCUCCUGCAACGUGGCUGUCAUGGGCAUCCAACCCACACAUCCGUAUCGAUGGAGGUCCACGAAGCACUCGUGUCUUUGAUGUGAUGGAGAACAAAAACACACAUGAGUUUUUGCUCGCCGCUCUGCAGGAGGAGCGGCAACAACUGAGCCACUAUAAUGCUGAGAAGAUGAAUUGUGCAGUGUUAGUUCUGCACCCAUCGUCCAUAUCAGGAGCGCUGGGGGAGCUUGUUAAAGAUAUCUUGAUGAGGUUUCAGAUCACCGUGCAAGGGGAAGGCUAUGUAUAUGGCAAUGAUGCAGCGCGGCGGGCAUUGGGCAUGCCAACACUGCAAGUGAUGUUGCAUCUUGCUUCCAUUCGUGGUGAUGAGCUGCUUAGCCAGAUAACGGUGUCCGCGAGGAGGCGAUUCUACGAGGUGUUUCACCAUGACAUGGAUGCCUGCAAGGAGGCACUUAUUGGUGGAGAACAAGCGUGCACAGAACUAGGCCUCUCCUCUCUGGAUCUCCUCCAUGCAUGUACUCGUGCCGGUCAUCAUCAACUUUCUUCCCAUUGUCAGGUAUCAUUCUUGUCGGAGCAUCAGUGCUUUGUUAUCAACGGUGCCUAUCCUUAUUUACGGGAGAAGUACAGCAUGUCUGUUGGCUGUCGUGCUCACUACUACAAAGUAGCGUGGGAGGAAUGCAACUGGUCGUGGGAGUCAUUUUACGGCUUUGUGAUGGGCCACUCAAAGGGAUGCAGCCCCGAUACAAAGAUAGCUUUCGCGAAAAGUCCCGGUCCGACAGAAAGCUUAUGUGACAUUCUUUCUCAGGAGCUGCUGGAGGGUGAAAGGGAUAACCUAAUGAUGCUGGGCCCAGAGGUUUUGUGGUACUUCUCCCCAGGGCCGCUUCAGGCACUUUCAGACGUCUUACAGUGGUCUUUGCCGCCUGGCAUCACAUCCUGCAAACACGACGAAGACAGGGAACUACGUCUACUUCAGGACCCUCUGGCGCAAUGGCUUCUGAUGAAGGGUGUUCCUCCCUACAUUGUGACACAUUUUGGCUUUUUGAAGAGCGGUUCUACAGCGAUUGAGCAAGAGAUGCUGGAACAGAUGAGCACAGGCCAUAACACCAGUCUAUGUGUUCGUUUGACGCGCUCUGUCGCCGGGGACUUGGCUCGUAUGGCAACGCAACACUUCGGUUUUUUGUGGCUGCCACCCAAUAUCGCCAAUCGCGGCUUCGCGGAAGACAUCUUGGGUUUGCUCGCAGGCCACGGCGUUCGCGUGUUGGAUCACGGGAAGUUAUUUUUAGAUGACGCUGCACGGAAGCACCCUCUGAAACGCCCCUACUCAGCUUUUUUCCAAAACGCUUGCCAGCGCUCCGCCAUCGACGUGAUCAUCACCACGACAGAGAUGGCGCAGUUUAAGCGAGUUUUUGACAUCGAGUGGAGUACGGCGGUCGAGUUGUCUCUCGUUCUCAACGCAAAGGAGGCGGCAGAGCGCUACGGCGAGGAUCACAUCGUGCGGUGCUGGGAUAGAUCGCUGCGAAAGGUUUGCUUAUCUCCAAAGCUCUACGUUUGCUACAUGGAAAAGGAAGGCGUAUAUGUUAUGAACCCUCACUAUUUGCUUGCGCGUUCGCGAGUUCUUUUUGGUGGGGACCACGCGGCGUGGUAUAGUGUCUGCUGGAGAGUCGAUCGCAUGAAUUGGGAUGAUUUCCUGAACACCGUGAUUGGCUCUGACCAGGAUGCGCAGCCUGCCCCGCGUUCCCUACGGGCCUACUUGUCGUCGCACUGGCGAAGCUACGGACUGAUGCGACCACCGGAUACCAACGAGCCAGGGCUAUAUGUUUCUUCAACUCCAAUAGAGGCAAUGACAGAGCGGUGCUUGUGGUUUGACAUUCCACCAGAGGAGGAUGUACUGGGCCGCUGGCUUGUCUGGAAUGGGGUGCAGCCCUCCUUUCUGAAGAUGUCCAUCACCAACCCGGUUGUCCGUCUUAACAACGCACCUGGCACUACUAAUAUGCAUUUGUUUGACGUGUUGCCUUGUAGUUCAAACCAUAGAGGAUCAGGGGACCUCCUGCACGCCUUUCUCGCAUACCAGAACCGGUCUACGUUUCAGGUGGUUCCUAUGAAAAGCCCAAGGUCUGUGGGCAUCCAUGAAGUGUGGCCCUCACAAGUUGUCCUUCCCAUACAUUCUACACGUAGCCACCGCACUGCACACGCCGUCUUGACACUUAACCCGAGCCUUUUAGUUCAUUCUAAGGACUAUCCCAUUGUGCUUUCCUUUCUAAAACAUCAACUACGCGAGCAUGACAUCCAGGUCCUCGCUACCGGAUCCCUCUCGCCUGAGCAAGCAGAUCGGCGUCAGGUGUUUUCCAUCCUGCAUAAACGUCUUCUCCGUUACGCCGUGAGGGUUGAUGCCUCCAAGCUGUGUGCUUCUUUGUCUGACGAGGAAAAAAAGUGUCUGAGCGGAAUUCUUUCUACCACGAAUACUAACGAUGACGGCGACGUUGCUAGGAGCGGUACGACUAACGAGUUGACGAAUGUUGGUGACCGCGCUCGAGUGCUUAAUGCGAUGCAGUUCGCAGAUGCGUAUGGUCUGACCUCUAAGAAUGUGCAUGCAGUGUGGGACUGCUGCUCGUCGGUUGUUCGUGUUGCCCCUGAUCUUUACGUUGGGAAGGUACCCUCGGAAUGCCUCCAUAUUGUGAACGGAUUCGUGCCUUACUGCAUGAAUGUUUCGGCCCUCUUGCCGUGGACCUACCUUCUUGUGGCCUUUGACGAGUCCAGGAUUUCGUAUGACACUCUUCUUUCGAGGAUCAUCGGAAGCCCGCACCCGCAAGAGACAGAACCAGGAAGUCUUCACGCCAUACUUCGUGAGUGUUGGUGUAGCCUAGGACUGACGACACCCCCGCACCCAUUCAUGGGCGUCGUCCACGCGUCGUCUAGUGCGCUUGUCGCUUUACAGCAUCGCCGUCUCUUCAUGGUGAAUCCACCCUCUCUGAAGGUCGAUCCCCUAGGAUAUGAGUGCGUCAUGCAACACGGCCUAUCAUCCUGCUUUCUGCGCUUGGCGUCCACCGGCACCUUCUUAUCAACGCAGGGAUCACUUUUUGACCGCUUCGCGGGGAAGAGUACGGAGAACACACUGGGAUUGCUUCGUGAUCUUGAGCGAGAUUAUUAUCAAUCCCCUGUGCGUAAUACUGCGUUAAUAGUGAUUAAACCUCAUUCCCUUGCCAGGUGCGUAGCUCAAACCGUGGAGGAGACUUUGAACGCUUGGCAUGUACGGAUUGAUGAAGAAGGGGAUGUUUCGGGGGAAACGGCUAGAGAAAUAGGGUUGCUUCGCUGUCUAAUGCCCGGUGUACUCGCCUAUGCCGUGUGCAACCCCUCGGACCUCACCCUUUUACCGGAUGAGCACACAGCGAUCCAACAAGCGUUUCAUGUUUCAUGGAGCGAUCUGGUCAUACAUGGCAUCGUACUCAACGCAUACACGGCGUUGAGCCGACUGGGGAACUUGACCGCACCGCAGCUGCUCGACUACUGGCGAGAUACUCAUCGCCGUCGUGUCGUUUUGCGGGGUGGUGAUUUGGAGCUUACGGAGCUGGCUGAGCAUGGGCUCUACGUCUUGAAUGCGUUCGUCCCUGCCUUGAAGCAGAGUGUGGAAUCGGCACAUGUUUUGACGCACUGGUACGUGGUAUCAUGGUGUGGCGAUGACCUUUCGUGGGAGCAAUUUUCUCUCGAAGUCAUCGGAAGUGAGGGGAACCCCGCCGAGGCGGCAGCGGAGAGUAUUCGUGGCAAGAUUUAUUCCCAAUGGCGCAUGUUUGGACUUGAAAAUGCACCGGAUCGGGUUUUUAACAUUGUGCAUGCAAGCAUAGAUUCAUGGCAUGGGUUGUUUGAGCGGCUGUGUGUUGUGCAACCUCGUCUCGAGCAAGACCCACUUGGUGAUGUCAUCGUGAAAAGCACCGUACACCCUGGGCUAGUGGAGCUGUGGCUAACGGAUCCAUACCUUCUGGAGGACGCGAUAUCCAACCACAUCUAUAGCAGCGGAGGGGAUAUGAUGACGUUAUCCCCAGAGGUCGUGAUGCGCGACUCGUCGAGGCUUGUCUACUACAUGGAGGAAAUUUCAGCAGAAGUCUGCGAGCAUAUCAGUGCCCAGAGAGCAGCAACAGUUUUGGAAUCAGAUGAUACGAAUAUUUUAGAGCUUCAUCAGUUUUCUAGAGAUGCCGUGAGGAAGCCGCAAAAUAUCCAAGAGGAUGGUAGGACUUUGCCAGCGGACGAUGUUGUCUCAACUUUUCUUUACUUAGUUAAAGGCUAUGAAGCUGCUAAAGCUGAAGAGGGUUCCAAAAAGAAAAUUCCUAAAAGCCUUACUCCUGCUGUGUAUACGGCAUGCGAUAGUGAAGAAAGGAAGAGGUAUACAAAAAUGCGGGAACAUCUUGAAAUGGCUUUGAAUUACGCACACAGUAUCAGAAAUUGCUGA